AAGGAGUUGAGGAGCAGGGAGGGAGAACCAGACAGCUGGCCACUGGACUUCUCCUGUCAGCCCAUCAGUAUUCUGUGUCUAUUGAUUCCAAAUCUGUUUGACCAGAAUGAAGAAUCUUUUUCUCCUGGUGCUGCUCUGCAGUGUUGAGCUGGUCUGCUCUUCUGCCGAUACAGAUGUUAAAGCCUAUUCAGAUAAUGCAGCUGACGCAGAUGUGGAAGUCAAGGACUGGGGUGCCUAUUGUACCACUACCUUCCCGGGGCUGUGUGAGAGCCAGUCUUACAGAGAUGGGAUCACUGUCUAUACCUUCUACAGGCAUAAACAGAACUUCACUGAGGCUGAGAUGUACUGUCGCCAGCGGGGUCGUGGUGGCCACCUGGCUUCUGUUCACAAUAGCCGCAUCAACCAAGCCCUCACCUGCCUGACUACACACUGCAACAAUGUGAAUCGAGUGUGGCUAGGAGGCUUCGAGUUAUUCAGGGGUACCAAGUUUGCGUGGACCGAUGGAAGCAUGUGGGAUUAUUCUAACUGGCUUUCAAACUGGCCAAGGUACUUUAACAUGGCAUGUGUGGAACUGAACUGGGGAGCGACGGGGAAAUGGAGCGACCAUUCCUGUUAUUUAAAGAAGGCCUUCGUAUGUGAGCACCAGCACUAAGGCAAGAAGGCGAUUCGAGGCACGUCCGCGCUACGCUUGGCAGUUUUAACACGGAGCUCCCUCAUAAGCCAGUCUGCAUUGACUGUAACCACUGCAUGACUGUAAAGUAAUCUUGUUAGAGAGAGAAAGCAGCUUGAAAUAUCACUGUGAGAGCUUUCGGUGGGGUGGGGGGGGGGGGUGUACCAUACUACCAAAAGUCAAUUGUCAAAUCAGAAUGCUUUAGUUUUAUACAAAGUAAAGACAGUACCUCACAGCCACCACCAGGGGGCAGUAAAAACAAAGGGCUUUGCUUUUCCUCUGGGGAAAGUGCAAAGGAAUUAAAGAUUGGAGUGCAAGGCCUGAUUUUUACAGAACAUGAUAAUGGGUAGAUAUUGAAGGAGUCGAACCCAGAUCCAUUUCAAAGGAAAUUGAAAAAAAAAACCAAAAACAUGAUAUUUUCAGAUCCUUUCUCUUCAUCGUCGCUCUGAGGUAUUCAGUCAGAUCUGCUCUGGUAAUCAAAUAGAAUUGAGAAAAGAGACUCCCAGGCAUAACUACAAGGCUUCAAAUCACAUUGUAGAAAUGAAUCGACAUUUUAUUUCACAUUAUUGAAGGAGUGCUGACCAUCUUUAAAAUGCAUUCUCUCACCUCUUAUUAGCUUUAUUAACAGGAUCACUGACCCCUCCCUUUAAAGGAGCGCUGGCCAUCUUUAAAAUCUGUUCUCUCUUUAUUGAUAUCAUAGUGGUCCCUAUUUCAAGAGGUUUCAGCCGAGUCAAUUUGGAAAGAUCUUUUGUUCUGUUUUUCUUUUUGGUAAAAAUGUGUGAAACAGAUUUUGAACAUUCUUUACAUUGUCUAAAAAUCCUGCAUGCGCUCUGCUUUUAAUUCAAUAAUAAAACCGCGUUUGAUCAGCAUUGAAAAAGCAA